AUGCCAGAGUUACUGUGCGGGCGGCUGACGUCAACCACGAAAUCAGCGGCGAGAGGGUUACAUAGCGGUCUGAGCGGAACCACGCUGCCCACUCGUGAUUGGCUGACUCCUCGCCCCGCCCUUUGCAGAGGAAGUGACGUUGCCUGCUUUGACAACACGGCAUGCCCCCUUUCUUUCGAUACGCCAAUGGGACUCGCCCCGCCUGAGGCGGCUCCUCCCCCUGUCAUGACCUCGGGCAGCAGCUCGUGGAGGUGCCACCAUCCUACCUGUGACAGGUCAUCAGUCAGGCUGCAGGUGAGUGCCCUGCGCUGAGCAUCACGGGAAUUGUAGUCUGUGAAAGGGCCUUCAAUGCUGAGUGAUCAAUACAUUGUAACAGGAGGCUCAUAGUGAAUACACACUGCUGGCUCACCCUCUAUGGCAAGGCUCCUGUUACCUGAAUCUAAUGUCAUGUUAUUAUUUGUACUCUCUCUCUGUCUGUCUGGGUAACAGGCCCCUGGCUACAAUUCAGGGCACACAGUGUCAGAUAGUUUUGCCCCAGUCUUUCUAGUGUGGUUUCCAUACCUCCCAAGUGUCCCUAUGUAGGCGGGGCAGUCCCUAUUUGGGAACCAAAUCCUCCUGUUCCUCUUUACUAUUCUAAUAUCCCUCUUUUCUAGGAGCUCCAUAUUGUUGGUGUGUAUAACAGAGCUCCACAGCAAUAAUACUCCCAGUAAUGUGUCUGAUUGUAUCACAGAGCUCCACAGCAAUAAUACUCCCAGUAAUGUGUCUGAUUGUAUCACAGAGCUCCACAGCAAUAAUACUCCCAGUAAUGUGUCUGAUUGUAUCACAGAGCUCCACAGCAAUAAUACUCCCAGUAAUGUGUCUGUGUGUAUAACAGAGCUCCACAGCAAUAAUACUCCCAGUAAUGUGUCUGAUUGUAUAACAGAGCUCCACAGCAAUAAUACUCCCAGUAAUGUGUCUAAAUGUAUAACAGACAGCAAUAAUACUCCCAGUAAUGUGUCUGAGUGUAUAACAGAGCUCCACAGCAAUAAUACUCCCAGUAAUGUGUCUGAGUGUAUAACAGAGCUCCACAGCAAUAAUACUCCCAGUAAUGUGUCUGAGUGUAUAACAGAGCUCCACAGCAAUAAUACUCCCAGUAAUGUGUCUGUGUAUAACAGAGCUCCACAGCAAUAAUACUCCCAGUAAUGUGUCUGAGUGUAUAACAGAGCUCCACAGCAAUAAUACUCCCAGUAAUGUGUCUGAGUGUAUAACAGAGCCCCACAGCAAUAAUACUCCCAGUAAUGUGUCUGAGUGUAUAACAGAGCUCCACAGUAAUAAUACUCCCAGUAAUGUGUCUGAUUGUAUCACAGAGCUCCACAGCAAUAAUACUCCCAGUAAUGUGUCUGAGUGUAUAACAGAGCUCCACAGCAAUAAUACUCCCAGUAAUGUGUCUGAGUGUAUAACAGAGCUCUACAGCAAUAAUAUUCCCAGUAAUGUGUCAGAGUGUAUAACAGAGCUCCACAGCAAUAAUACUCCCAGUAAUGUGUCUGAGUGUAUAACAGAGCUCCACAGCAAUAAUACUCCCAGUAAUGUGUCUGAGUGUAUAACAGAGCCCACAGCAAUAAUACUCCCAGUAAUGUGUCUGAGUGUAUAACAGAGCUCCACAGCAAUAAUACUCCCAUUAAUGUGUCUGAGUGUAUAACAGAGCUCCACAGCAAUAAUACUCCCAGUAAUGUGUCGGAGUGUAUAACAGAGCUCCACAGCAAUAAUACUCCCAGUAAUGUGUCUGUGUGUAUAACAGAGCUCCACAGCAAUAAUACUCCCAGUAAUGUGUCUGAUUGUAUCACAGAGCUCCACAGCAAUAAUACUCCCAGUAAUGUGUCUGAUUGUAUCACAGAGCUCCACAGCAAUAAUACUCCCAGUAAUGUCUGAGUUUAUAACAGAGCUCCACAGCAAUAAUACUCCCAGUAAUGUGUCUAAAUGUAUAACAGAGCUCCACAGCAAUAAUACUCCCAGUAAUGUGUCUGUGUGUAUAACAGAGCUCCACAGCAAUAAUACUCCCAGUAAUGUGUCUGAGUUUAUAACAGAGCUCCACAGCAAUAAUACUCCCAGUAAUGUGUCUGAGUUUAUAACAGAGUUCCACAGCAAUAAUACUCCCAGUAAUGUGCCUGAGUGUAUAACAGAGCUCCACAGCAAUAAUACUCCCAGUAAUGUCCGAUUGUAUCACAGAGCUCCACAGCAAUAAUACUCCCAGUAAUGUGUCUGUGUGUAUAACAGAGCUCCACAGCAAUAAUACUCCCAGUAAUGUGUCUGAUUGUAUCACAGAGCUCCACAGCAAUAAUACUCCCAGUAAUGUGUCUGAGUUUAUAACAGAGCUCCACAGCGAAAAUACUCCCAGUAAUGUGUCUGGGUGUAUAACAGAGCUCCACGGCAAUAAUACUCCCAGUAAUGUGUCUGAAUGUACAACAGAGCUCCACAGCAAUAAUACUCCCAGUAAUGUGUCUGAGUGUAUAACCGAGCUCCACAGCAAUAAUACUCCCUGUAAUGUGUCUGAGGGUAUAACAGCUCCACAGCAAAAAUACUCCCAGUAAUGUAUCUUUAAACUACGAUAAAUGUGUUUAGAAAUCAGUCUGUGUGAAUAAGAUACAUUGUUCUUCUUCUAAAGUACAUUUUAGUUGCAUAAUGUUUUACUAGUAAAUCACCUAAAAUGUCUCAGAACAGCCACGCUCCUGGUCACAGCCCACUCAUAUCCCUCAAAUUAAAGUGCCCCCCCUUUUCUCCAUUUGGAAUGUUGGGAGGUAUGUUUUCGGACCGUUAAAGGUGAGAACUCCAAGUGAAUUUCAAGGCCCUACUAGCUAAACUGGGAAAGUUUUCUCAGCUAUCCAUGCUUCAGUUCAGCUAAUUUUACCUAAAAUCUGAAAUUCACUUUGAAUUCUCCCUUUUAGUGAAUAACCCGUUAUAUAUUAGAAUUUGUUGGGAAUUUAAAAUUUUAGACUACAAUAGUCAAACUGGGAGCUGACUUGGAGAAUUGAUUCUGUUCAGCUAUUGUUGCCUUAAAUUUGCAAUUCACAUUGAAUUCCUAACAAUUCUGAUAACCCUGAAAGGGAUUUAAAAAAAAAAAAAAGGAUUACUCCAACCUUCAUUGAUUUUGAAGUGGUCAUGGUGGUAGGAGGCAGUAUAUGCAAUGCUUCAGCUCUAAACACAGCGCACAUACUGAAAUAUUUGUAAUUGUGUGUUGGGUGUUCAUUGCACCCCAAGCACACAUGGCAUUGGCAGCCCACAACUCCAGGCAGGCAAUGUCAAUUCUGUGUAUAAAAUACAUCUGUUUUCAGCGCACACUGACAACAGAUGUAGAAAUCUUCACCUUGGAGGCAGAGCACCUGCAAUAGGAAGCUAGCUCUCCCCUACCGCCAUUCUACGUUAAUUAAAAAAUGUCAGCAUUCAACGUUUUUAGGGUAAGUCACUAAAGUGAGAAUUCAAAGUGAAUUUUAAAUUUGAGUUCAAAAUAGCAGAACUGGAAGAGUCUCUCUCAGCUAUACUUUCAGUUCAGCUACUUAAAGGGACACUAUAGGCACAAACACCACUUCAGCUCUUUGAAGUGGUCUGGGUGAAUAUUCCCAGGUACCUUAACCCUACAAAGGUAAUUAUUGCAGUUCUUAAUAAACUGCAAUAAUUAUCUUUUGAGGGUAAACUCCACCGCAGUGACUGUCUACCAGACAGCCCCUAGAGGGACUUCCGGGUCAUUAGGCGACUUUUGUUUGUCUAACAGAUGCUGGAUGUCCUCAUGCUAUGCAUGAGGACAUCCAGCGUCACCCAAACCACCAUAGGAAAGCACUAUAUUAUACCUUCACUGCACAGACACAUUAGGUCUCCCCCACCAGCUGGUGUUGGCAGGGGAGAUGUGAAGCCUUGAACAGGCACAUGGACGCUGGAAUCUGGUAAGUGACAAAAGAUUUUUAUUUAUUUAUUUAUUUAUUUUUAACCCCUUCAGCACCACACGGGGUGGGUGGGGGGUGUUAUACGGAGGAUGCACUAUAGGGAGAUAUAGUGCCAGGAGAACAAAGUUCAGUUUUAGUUUAGCCCUAAAUUUGAAGUUAAUUUUGAAUUCUCACUUUAGUGAAAAUCCCUGUAAGUGAUUAAUCCUGAUACUGAAUACCUUGAAAAAAACAUCUUUAAAGAUGCGGGAGGGAGGAAGCGGGAAUGACAGCACAGCCUGAAAAAAAAAUUAUCUCAAAUUGUAUUCGUUUAUUUUUCCUAAUUUGUAACGAUUAAAUUUAAGGCCAGUCCUGCGCCUAUUACUUACUUAAAGCUAAAAGCUUUAAACAUGUUAUGCAGGGGCCUGUAAGUGAAAUAGCUGCAGUGGGAAAAAUUGCUACAGAAACAUAUUUAUUUUUAAAUGUAGACAUCCCCUCCAUGGUAUUUACAAAGGGGCUGUGUGACGUUUUUAUGCAGCCAUUUUAUUACCACACUCUGCCAAGAUGACCGUUAAUGUUUGUUUUUACCCCCCAAAAAUGCAACAUUUCACGUCAUUAUUUUUUUGUUAAACCUAAAUGUGAUGUAAAAUAAAACAACUAUAUGUGUUUAUCUAAAUCCCCAAGAAUUGAAUUUUUCAUGGUAUUUAUGUUUUUUACAGUUUUGAACUUUAUUUUUUUUUUCUUUCACUUUGAGCUGGCCCAUCAUUUGAAAUGACUAGAGCUUUAAGGUUAGACAUUUAUUGAAAAGACAAAAAGUGGGCGGUUAGGGUUGUGUUCCAUAUUACCUGUUACACCUUUCACUGAUGACAGUUGUGAGUAUUUGCCUAACCUACCUAGCCUACAUCUGAAAACCUUUUCACUCGCAUGUAAGAUCGCCAUCGGAAUACAAUUACGACAGUUGUAUGUGAGAGUUGAAGGAGGGGGAUGUUGUGUUAAUAAGGAUCACGGGGUUACAGUUUAAAUAAACAAAGUAAAUCUAUAUAUUUAUAAAAUGAGGAAGGUGAUUGGUGCAAAGGAAGGAAUGAGGACAGUGACUAUACUUAAGCAUCAGUCACAAUUACUGUGAUCGACCUGAGGCACCAUCAUUGCUGUAUAAUACAGUGAUAAAAUAUAUAUAUAUAUAUAUAUAUAUAUAUAUAUUUUUUUUUCUUCUUCAAGGGAAUUAGGUGUAAUAGGGGCAGUUGCUGAAUUAACCUAUUCCGCUCUCGUGCCUUUGCAGUUGUAAUAAGAGCUCAUGGUGCCUACCCCCCCCCUUGUUCACUGUAUAGCUCAGAGACCAAGUAGUUAAAAUAGUUUUUUAAAGCGUGUUGGGGACACUGGGGGUUGGGCAUGGGAGCAGAGUAUUUAGUUCUCUCUCACUGUAAAAUUGCAGACACUGUUACUUCUGCUAUGUUUGCAUGUUCAUUUCCUGCAUGUGACUUCUAAGAUCAUUUUUUAUUUAGGAUUUAUCAGCGUACGGAAUUUUGCUGGCACUAUAUUAAUUAUAAUAAUCAGGACUGUACUUAUUUUAGUUGACUUAGCAGGUAGACUGUAACACAGUGUGAAUUCUAAAUGUUUUGACCUCCGAGGCUUCCUGGAAGCAUUUUUCUCUUGAAUUCACGUAGACCUGAAACCUGCGGCGGUGAGAUAUCUAUGUAAGGGGCUAUGUACAUUUUCAUAAUAUAGGUACUAACUAACCGACUCUUUAACAUAAUACCAAUGCAAAGUAUUAAAGGGCUUUGUUGCUAUAAAGUUGUAACGAAGAACUAGUCUCAAUUUGCUCAAUGGACCUUGAGAUUUUUGGAGAUGCAGCUGGAUAUGGCCGAUUCUAUUAUAGAACCCAUGAUUGAGUAUUUUUUAUUUAUGCUCACCCCAUACUGUCACCCCCAACAUGUGUACCUGAACCCCAUGCUGGCAGUCCUUUGUCAGGGACUCCUGACUCCAUCCUGGCAAUUUCUAGGGACAUCUGACCUGUUUCAGCAUUUACUAUUACAAUUUCUUUUUUCUUUUUUUUAAUUUUAAUUCUUUAUUUAUAGCUUUGUAACCAUAAAGUUUAGAUAUGAAUAUAACAUGAAAAGUCACAAUAUUAUGGUAGAGCUGCACGUGCCCCUAUCAUUGUUAGAUUUGUCCGAGAGACGUACACUUGUUACAUUUUCUUUUUAUUUUUUUAUUUUUGUAAACGCGUAUUUUAUAUAUUUGUAUAUCUGUUAUUUAAAUUCAGUUUCAUUCCCCUUCUCACCCUUCUAAAUGUGACUGCUCUGUGUGCCACAAAAUAACUCCCAUUCAGGAAGAUUCUCAUUGUUCGGGUUCUGGCAAUCUCCUCUGUUUAGGUCGCCGAUAGUAUCCACAGGUUUCCGGAGAGAGAAUGUCAUUGGUCAGUACUGAGGAUAGUGUUCUAUACAUGAUCUGUCUUAUAGCUGUUACCAGUUACGCAUUUGUUAAAUAUAUUUUGGGAAACUCAAGAAGUCCUCGAGUUUUGCUUUUUUUUUAAUGAAAGUAGGUGAUAUGAUUUUUUUAACAUCCAGGUUUCUUUGAACCUUCGUUCCUAUUUCUUUCAGUGUCCAGGUUUCUAUUCAUUAUUGCAGUUAGUAGUACCUGCAUGUAGAAACUGCUCUAUACAAACAGAUGUUGUUUUUUUUUUUUUUCCCCCAUUGUCUGGUCUGCUUCUAGAACCACACAGGAACUGUCAAGCGACAAUUCUAGGGCGCUGACUGUGAUGAUAUCACCAUAGCUUAGAGCAGGGGUUCUCAACGUUAGUCCUCAGGACCCCCUACCAGUCCAGGGUUUAGGGAUUACCUGGGUGUGUCUAAAGUGUUUAGAAAAAAAAAACACCUUAGAGUCUAAGGUCUUUUUUCCCCUUUUUCUAAACACCCAGGUAAUCCCCAAAUCCUGGACUGGUAGGGGGUCCUGAGGACAGGGUUGAGAACCCCUGGCUUAGAGGAAGGAGGUAACUUCACUUUACAACUAACAUUAUUUCCUACAUGUGUGGUACAAACCAAAUGAAGACUACUUGAUUUGAACAUUUCUGCAUUUUUAUUAUUAGUGAGCAUUUUAUUUAGUGUAUUCUCUUAUUUGCAUUUUUUUUGGUCAUGUUUACACACUGAUCAGCCAAAAUAUUAAAACCACUGAAGUGGAUAAGAUUGAUUAUAUCAUUACAAUGGCACAUACCAUGGGGUGGGAUAUAUUAGGAAACAAGUGAAUAGUCCGUUUUAGAAUUUUAUGUGUUGAAGCAGAAGAAAUGGAAAGUGAAAAAAAAACAGUGACUUUGAUAAGGGCCAAAUAGUGAUGGCUAGAGUCAGAGCAUCUCCAAAACAACAAGUUUGUGGGAUAUUCCCGAUAACCAGUGAUUAGGCCCUACCAAAAGUGGUGCAAGGAAAGACAACCGGAGAACUGGCAUCAGGGUCAUGGACGCCCAAGGCUCAUUGAUGUACGUGCAGAGCAAAUGCUAGCCCAUAUGAUCUGAUCACACAUAAUAGCUACUGUAGGUCAAAUUGCUGAAAUGCUUAAUGCUGGUUAUGACAGAAAGGUGUCAGAACACACAGUGCAUCGCAGUUUACUGCUUAUGGGCCUGCGUAGCCGCAGACAGGUCAGAGUGCCGAUGAUGACCCCUGUCACCAUCUAAAGCAUUUUCCAUAAGGAUUUGAACAUCCAGCCAGAACUGGACCAUAUAGAAAUGGAAGAAAGUUGCCUGACUGUGCGUUGUUUACUUGGGGAAGAUCUGGCCGCAGGAUGCACCAUGUGUAGAAGGCAGAUCAGCGGUGGCAGUGUUAUGCUCGGGGCAAUUUUUUGGCUUGGAAACUGGCUUCCUUGCAUUCAUGUGUAUAUUACAUUGACACAUACCACCUUCCUAAAGAUUGCUGCCGACAACAUUAACCCUUUCAUGGCAAGGGUAUUCCCUGAUGGCAGUGGCCUCCUUCAGCAGAAUAAUGCACCCAGCCACACUGCAUGUUCAGAGGUCUUGUGGAGUCCGUGCCUCGCUGAAUCAGAGCUUUGGCAACACGAGGUGGACCUAGACGAUAUUAAGCAGUUGGUUGUGACUAAUCCGUGUAUAUCCUUCAAACCUUUAAAAAAAAAGAAAAACUAUUAUUUUACUAUAAGCUUCAUAUAUGUGUCUUUCUGUAGUCUGAAAAGUAAUAUUUAUAGGGAGACCAUAGGAACGUCAUCACUAUGAAGUUAUGGUGGCAGGAGAUGCUUGGGGGCUGUCUUACCUUGAGGGGUUAAACCUUUAAACAACUGUAACCCCAAGUGUUAGAAGAAGAUGCUUGGUCGCCUUGUCCAGCAACUUUCUUUGUUGGUCAGAGACUUUGAUUAUGAAUCUUUUGUUAGACCGAGAGCGUCAGCUGAUACGUACAGGCUAUCACUACCUCCCAUUCAUAAAAAUGUACAUAUUGGCUGUGCCCAGUCCAAGGCUUUCUAUGACCAACAAAGGAAGUUGCAUUGUAUUUGGUUAAACAGUUUGUAAAUGGUUCUACCUAUUCAGGUAUCUGUGAUCUCCUGGUACUAUAACAACUUCAUUGAGAUGAAGUUGUUAUAGUGCCUAGAGUGGUCUUUUUAUUGAUAGAAAUCCACACAACACACCCUGGGUCAGUGCCUCCAUCUUUGCUCCAUGUCAGUCAUUGUUGGAAGCUCUGCCCUUCAUUGUAAGUGAACAAUGUUCUCGUUUUUCUCUCACAAUAAUAACAUACGUGCCCUCGCAGUGCCAGGACCACACUGACUUAUCACGCUCAAUAUUUCUAGUUAUUUUUGCAUUUCCAUAAAAGUGAAAGUUCUCUUUUAACUCUCUGAAUGCAAAUCUGCGAUAUCCCCCUCCGACUAAUAAAUAUUUCAGAUUUUAUGUACACAAAAUGCUAAUUAUCAUUGAUAUCGUUUUCAUUUCUCCUUAUAGUUCUAA